CUGGACAGUUGUCCCGGAUUUUACACAUCAUGCCCACUCUGCCUCAUUGUCAGCGGUAGCAGUGAAUAAUAGAUAUGUGGUCACUGGGAGCAGAGAUGAGACAAUCCAAAUCUAUGACAUGAAAAAGAAGACAGAACAUGGGGCACUGCUACAGCACAAUGGCACAAUAACUUGUUUGGAGUUCUAUGGUACUGCGCAUCUACUGAGUGGGGCUGAAGAUGGACUAAUUUGUAUCUGGAACACAAAGAGAUGGGAAUGCCUGAAAUCCAUUAAGGCACAUAAGGGGCACGUGACAUCUCUUUCUAUUCAUCCUUCUGGGAAAUUAGCUUUGUCAGUAGGAACAGAUAAAACAUUAAGAACUUGGAAUCUUGUAGAAGGACGAUCAGCCUUUAUCAAAAACCUGAAGCAAAAUGCCCACAUAAUUAAAUGGUCCCCUGAUGGAGAGAGGUAUGUGACCGUGAUCACAAAUAAAGUGGAUGUCUACAAACUUGACACAGCUUCAAUCACUGGCACUAUCACAACAGAGAAGAGAAUUUCUUCACUUAGAUUUAUUACAGAUUCUAUCCUUGCCAUAGCUGGUGAUGAUGAAAUUAUAAGGUUCUACAGCUGUGACUCUCAAAAAUGCCUGUGUGAAUUUAAAGCUCAUGAAAACAGAAUAAAAGAUAUCUAUAGUUUUGAAAGAGAAGGACAACAUGUUAUUGUUACUGCAUCCAGUGACAGUUAUAUUAAAAUGUGGAAUCUGGAUCUUAAUAAGAUUAACGAUGUGCCGUCUUUACUGUGUGAAGUCAAUACCAAAGCUAGGCUGACAUGUCUUGCAGUGUGGCUUGACCGAGCUUCAGAAAUUAAAGAAAAUUCUGAUAAAGCUGCAACAUCAUCUCAAGCAAAUGAAGAUGAAAAACCAUCAAUAGUCAGGAAAAACAAAGUUUGUCGGACUGAUAAAAGUGAUAAAACAGCAAAAAGAAAGAGAAAAAUUACUCCAGAGAAGCAAAAAUUGGAAGCUCCACUGCAAAAGAAGAAAAAGAAACGGAAUAGCUCAGCAUGAAGGCAGCUACAUUCUCUCCUGAAUAAAAAGUAAAUGCUGGUGUUGCUGUAGUUUGUGAAAGGAUGUAAACCUAUGACAGGAUAUAUACCUCUGAACUGACCUGUUGUUUAAAAGUAAUGAAUAUUUUUACCUAAUAAAUUGACUGAUCAUUCUGGGAAGUAGCAAGAGAGAUGGCAACUUUUCCUGAGAGAAUGAGGCAAAAAUAAAUUCAUAAUAUGUAAUGUUUAUAUUUUUGUAUUAACAAUAGCAUACACUUUUUAACUGGCUCUGAAAAACCCAGCUAAAAUGAUAAAAAUAGCUGCAUCUGUCUCAGUUACAUUUUUGUCUCCCUUAAAUGCAUAUUAAAAACAUGUACACUUUUU